AUGGUCCAAGAGGUUAUGAACGAUACGAAAGAUGCUGCGUGGGAGCUGGAAAAGGUUGCUGUGAUAGAUUGGACAGCAACCGGCGAUGGAAGACCUUCCCUUAGCAAUUAUGGGUUUCCUGGGUGUAUUCGAGGCUCGGAAAUGAUGGACGCAACAACAACAACCAUUAUUGGCAAGAAUUCUGACAAUAUCCCAAUCGGAUUCAACGGUAUAGAGCUGACUGUAUGGGAUAAGAAGAAUCCCGAUGGAAGGGAAGGUGGAACUAUCGAGCUAGUCUCGAGCUGUGGUAUGGAUGAGAGACAUGGCGAACUCUUCAUUUGCGUAACGAAGCAUCACAAGAAUAAUUGA